UCGGCCUUUCCUUUCGUUUCCCGUAAAAAGAAAGUAUGUCCCCGUGAUGGGGUUUGAUCUGUUUCGCUUAGAUCAUGUGAAGUUUGACGCUUGAUGGUGCUAUGGCGGUCUCGUUUCUCUUUAGAUAUGUUAUGUGGUUCAUGAGAAAUGGUUGAGAGAAAUUCUCGAAUGAUUCAUGAUGUGGGUGGCUGAUCGGAUUGUUGUUUGUGGUUCGAUCGUUUGCUGAUUUCUCAUAUGCUGAAAUGGGUUUUCUCUUCUCCUAUGAUUGUCGUUUUCGUGGCUGUUAGAUUGAUGAUGAAAGUUCGGUUCUUUUCUGUUCAUGGUUGAUUUCCUAGAGUCUGAUGAACAAGAUGAAAGGCGGUAGGGUUGUGUUACUUCUUCUCCUUUGCUGGAACGUAGCCAAUCUAGCAGUGAUUUCUGCCGCUCCACAAACUUGCCCUGCAAAUCUCCAGGGACAAUGUGGCGAAUCAGAGGAAUGGAAAGGUGAAUUCUUUCCUGGAAUUCCCAAGAUUAAGUACGAGGGUCCUAGUAGCAAGAACCAUUUGGCAUUUAAAUGGUACAAUGCUGAAGAAGUGAUUCUUGGGAAGAAAAUGAAGGAUUGGAUGAGAUUCAGCGUCGCUUUCUGGCAUACAUUCCGCGGCACAGGAGGUGAUCCCUUUGGAGGGCCUACCAAGUUUUGGCCUUGGGAGGAUGGCACUAACUCAGUGGCCAUGGCCAAAAGAAGAAUGAGGGCCAACUUUGAGUUCUUGAACAAGAUUGGAGUGGAUUAUUGGUGUUUCCAUGAUAGAGAUAUUGCCCCUGAAGGCGAUACUCUAAAGGAAAGUAAUGCAUACUUGGAUGAAGUGGUUGCUCUUGCUAAGGAGCUUCAGGGAAGCAAGAUCAAACCCUUGUGGGGAACUGCUCAGCUGUUCGUGCAGCCUCGAUACAUGCAUGGUGCUGCUACAAGUUCUGAGCUUUGUGUCUAUGCAUAUGCUGCUGCUCAAGUUAAGAAAGCAAUGGACGUUACAAAUUACUUGGGUGGAGAAAAUUAUGUCUUUUGGGGUGGCCGGGAGGGUUACCAGACUCUCUUGAACACGGAUAUGGAACGAGAGCUCAAUCAUUUGGCUAGUUUCUUCCACUCUGCUGUUGCCUACAAGAAGAAGAUUGGAUUCAAUGGCACCUUGCUUAUUGAGCCCAAGCCUCAAGAACCAACUAAACACCAGUAUGAUUGGGACGCCGCCACAGCUGCAAAUUUCUUGAGGAAGUAUGGCCUUCUGGGAGAGUUCAAGCUCAACAUUGAGUGCAACCAUGCCACUCUCUCCGGCCACAGCUGUCAUCAUGAACUUGAAACUGCACGAAUCAAUGGCUUGCUUGGCAACAUUGAUGCAAACACUGGCGACCCUCAAGUUGGAUGGGAUACCGAUCAGUUUUUGACAGACAUUUCUGAGGCAACUAUGGUCAUGCUUAGCGUCAUUAGAAAUGGAGGAAUAGCCCCAGGAGGGUUCAACUUCGAUGCUAAACUGCGACGAGAGAGCACGGAUGUAGAGGACAUCUUCAUUGCUCACAUUGUUGGAAUGGAUACUUUGGCCCGUGGACUUCGAAGUGCUGCCAAGCUGGUUGAGGAGGGUUCUUUGACCGAGCUUGUCCGCAAGCGUUAUGAGAGCUUCGACUCUGAAAUUGGGAAGAAGAUCGAGGCUGGGGAUGCCGACUUCGAGUUCUUGGAGAAGAAAGCAUUGGAAUGGGGUGAGCCCAAGGUUCCUUCUGCCAAGCAGGAGCUUGCUGAGAUGCUGUUCCAGUCUGCAUUGUAGGUAGAAGUUGCAGUAUAGCAGAAGAAAAAGAAUCAUCAGUAGGGCUUUUCUUUUCUUUACUUUUCUUAGACUUCCAUGGGAAAUAAGUUCACAAAUCAGAAGAGUUUGCGUCUCUCUCUACAUUGUAGCCUUCUCAGAACGUUUUUUUUCUCAUUGGCUCCAUGUUAUAAAUGGGAAGUCUCAGAAAUUGAGUUUAUGUGGAAUCUCUGAUAGCUUCCAAGCUGGUCACCAUUGUUAUGCCAUGGUUCCUAUCAGAGGAAUUCCAGUCAACUUAUCAUGGUUCAUAUGAGAAAUCGAGUUUUUGGUGGGACUUUGGAAGUUACAACCUUGGGUUGUUAGGAAACCUAGUACGAGUGCAGCUAUGUUUUGGACCAGAUAGAAAGAUGCUGGGUCGUAUUCCUUUGCACAAGGGGCCAAAACCAACACGUAGCAAUGAUCAAUCAAAAUCAACGUAAAAGUCUUAGAUAGU